UGUGAACGGUUUAAUGCGUGUUUAAUUGUAAUUGAAACAAUAAUACAAGUUUUUUUUUUUUGUUAGUUUUUAUUUCAUUCAUUAAAGGUUUAUUGUGAAAGAAUUGACAAAAGGUUAUUGUGAAAGAAAUAUUAAUAUUUUUUUUUAAAUAUUAUACAUAAGUUUAUAGCCAGGUGAUACACCUUUUAGGAAUAAGAGAAAAAUUAAAAAAGGAAAAUACAUAAAAAUGUCCUCAAUAUCAAUUUCAAAAAUUUUACCAACAAAAAGAUCAAAUGCUGAUAUUGAACAUGAACAUUUGGAAAAAUAUAUUACAACAAGCAUUAGUAAAGCUUUAAAUCCGAUUGAGGCACCACUUAAAGCAAAACAUGCUCGUGCUACAAUCAUUGGAACACAUAAAACUCAAGGUGGUCAAACAUUUUGGGCUAUCGUACAACGACAACCUUUAAUGGAAAAUCGUUUCACAGCAUGGAAAUUUUGUCAUCUAUUACAUCGGGUUUUACGUGAAGGUCAUCCACAAUGUAUAAAACAAUCACAAAGACAUAAAAAAAUGAUGAUAGAAGUUGGAAAAUUAUGGGGUCAUUUAAAAGAUGGUCUCGGAAUUUGUAUACAACAUUAUACAAAAUUAUUAGUUGUUAAAUUAGAUUUUCACGAUAGAAAUCCAUUGUUUCCGGGUACACUGAUUUUAGAAUUUAGUGAUUUAGAAAGGGCAUCUGGAGAUGAUAUUAACUAUUAUUUUCAAUUAGGUGUUGAGAUGUUCGAUUAUUUAGAUGAGAUUAUAGCACUUCAAAGACAGAUUUUCACUGCAAUUGAUACAUUCCGCAUGUCAUCGAUGACGCCACAAGGUCAAUGCCGUUUAGCUCCACUUGUACCACUUAUACAAGAUUCAAAUCCAUUAUAUGAUUAUGCAGUACGUUUAAUGUUUAAAUUACAUUCACAUUUACCAAACGAUAUAUUAUGCGGACAUCGUGAACGUUUUCGUAUUAUAUUUAAUCAAUUAAAAGAUUUUUAUGAUCAUGUUAGAAGAUUACAAUAUUUUGCUGAUUUAAUUCAAGUACCAAAAUUACCUGAAAAUGCACCAAAUUUUAGUUCUAGUGUUGAUUUUGGAAGUUAUAUACCACCAGUUGUUAUUGUACCAGAACCAGAAGCAUCUGAACCAGAUCCAUUUGUUGAUAAUUUAAUUGAUAUAUCACAAAAUAAUCAUCAUAAUAAUCAAGAACAAAAUCAUAGUAUGGCAUCAACACCGGAACCAUUAAUAUCACCAACAAAUCAAUCACAAUUACAACAAUCACCACCACCACAACAGCCAACAUCAGUUAAUAUUAAUUUUGAAAAGAUUUUACAAGAUCGUGAUAAUUUAAUUCGUGAACUACAAAUAGAAAUUGAAAGGUUAGGUAAAAUAUUAAAAUCAAUGACAAUACAACAUCGUGAUGAGAUUAAAGAAUUAGAGGAACAAAUUGAAAGACUGAAUAUAAAAUUAACAGGAACAGAAACGGAAUUAGAACAGAUGAAAUUAAAAAAUGAUGAACUUGAAAUGAAAGCACAAACGGCACCAACUUUAGAACAAAAAGUUUCCACCGAAGCUGAACGUGCAAAAGCCUCCGAAGAGAAAUUUCAAAAAUUAAUGGCUUUAUAUACUAAAAUACGUAAUGAGCAUGUGGAUUUAUUAAGAACACAUGGUGAAGUAACAAAGCAAUUAUCGUCAAUCAAACUAGAUAAAGAAGAUUUGACUACCGAAAAGGAAUUAUUAAAAGUUCAAUUAGAAGAAUAUCAACAAAAGCAAGCUGAACAACUAACUGUUAUUGAGCAAACAAAUGAAACUAAACGUAGAGAAAAAGAAUUAAAUGAAAAACAUCAAAAAAUUGUUCAAGAAUAUGAAAAAUUAAAAUCAACCUAUGAUAAUUUAGUAGCAUCUAAUUUAGCUGAAAUAGCUGAACUAAAAUCUGAAUUAGAUGCAACUCAACUUGAUAAAGAAUCUAUGAAAUCUGAGCAAGGUAAAUUAAUAGUACAAUUAAAAACUGAAUUAGAGAAUCGACAACAAGAAUUAAUGAAAUCAGAAGAAAGCUGUAAAAUUUUAAUUGUACAGAGAGAUUCUGAAAUUGAGGAAUUAAAAAAUAAAUUAAGAGAAGACGAAGAAAAAUUUAAGACAAUCAAUGCAAAUAUGGAGCGAUUAAGCAAUGAAAAAUUUGCUUUUGAAAACGAAAUCCAUGAUGUUCUUCAUCAACAGGCGGAAAUCGAAGAGAAACAUAACAGUGCGUUACAAACAAUAUCAGCUUUAGAAUCUUCAUUACGUGAUACAACAAUUCGAAGUGAAACAUCGUUACGUGCGUUAUUGGAGGCAUGCCUUAAAUCAUCAGAGAAAUUGGCUAUGAGAGCUAUGAAUGAGAAUGAAUUUACAAAUGCAGUUGGAACUUCAGCCUAUUUUAUGAUGUUAGCUGAGGAGCUUCAAGAUAAUUUGAAUGAAUUGAAAAUUGUUUAUGAAAAAUAUAGUAAAGAUAAUACAUUGGUUGAAGGUUUGGCUAGAAAAACUGUAUUAUCUGGUCAUUUAAUGGCAACUGUUCAGAUACAAGGAAUGACAAUUUGUAAUACUUCUGCUGAUAUUGAAUGUGGAGAGAAAAUUGGUAGUGAAAUCAAAGCUUUUUGCAAAGAUGUUACAAAUCUUUUUGAUUCAUUACACCAAAAUCCUCCUUCAACAACCUUAGUUAGUUCAAGAAUUGACAACGUAAAAGAAAAAUUAACUCAAAUAACAACAAUGAUUCAUGAUCUCUCAUCAAAAUUAGCUAAAUCAGAUCAAAUAAGUGAUCAACUUGACUCUGAAUUGGCUGCCAUGGAUAAAGCAAUUGAUGAAGCAGCAUCUAAAAUAGCCGACAUGUUAACUAAAUCUAAAGCUUCUGAUUCUGGUCUAAAAUUGGAAGUAAAUGAAAAAAUUUUAGAUGCUUGUACACACCUCAUGAAGUGUAUUCGAAUGUUGGUACAAAAAUCAAGACUUCUACAGGGUGAAAUUGUUGCAGUAGGAAAAGGAACGGCUUCGGCUAAAGAAUUUUACAAAAGAAAUCAUCAAUGGACAGAAGGUUUGAUUUCUGCUGCGAAAAGUGUUGCUCAAGGUGCAAAUCUUUUAGUAACUGCAUCUAAUAAAGCUGUUUCUGGUGAUUCAAAACAUCAUUUAGAUCUUGUUGUUGCUGCUCAGGAAAUUGCCGCAUCUACAGCUCAACUUGUUGUUGCUAGUCGAGUCAAAGCUCCUCGAGGUAGCCAAAAUCUUUCUGCAUUAUCUUCAGCAUCGCGUGAUGUUACGCAAGCAACUGGAGCUGUAGUUGCUACAGCAAAAAAUUGUAGUCAGCAAUUAGAAGAUUCCCAAGAUUUAGAUUUAACAAAACUUACAGUACAUCAAGCUAAAACAUUAGAAAUGGAAAUUCAAGUGAAAGUUUUAGAACUAGAACAAGCUCUUAGUGUUGAACGUUUGAAAUUGGCAGCUUUUCGUAGAAAAAAUUAUCAAAAUUCUGAUUAAAAUAAUUAUAAGAGUAUAAUUAAUUCAAAAUUAAAAAGAUAUGAAUUUUUGAAUAGUUAUAUAAAAGAACGUAUAAAUUUUUUUAAAAACGAAAUAAAAGCAUUAGAUUUUAUCAAAAUGGGGUAGUCAAAUCGGAAAUAUAAUAUAAAAACUCAAAUAUUCUAAAGUAGAUAAUAAAUAAUAUUCUUUAUGAAUAUAAUUGUGUCUUAGAUUUAAAAUUAUGUAAACUAUAAAUUUCUUUAAUUUAAUAUUUAAAUAAUAAAUUCUAAUUUUAAUUUUGCAUUUAUUUAAAUAUUUAAUAAUAUUAUAAAGUAAAAUAUUAUUGAAUAUUACCAAAAAUUAAUUUUUUUUUUUUAUAAUUUCUAAUACUAUGCUAUACAAUUUUAUAUGCAUUAGAAAAGGAUUUGUUAACAAUAUUCUAAUACUUGUAAUUUUAGUAAUCGAGUAUUAUAUUUUAUUUUAAAUCAGUAUUCAUAAAAAAGCUCAUAAAUGCAUCAAAAAUUAUUAUCCACAUUUUUGAUAACUCCCUGAAACAUCGAUUUAAAUGACUUUCGAUUUUAUAAAAUCAAACUUAAAUUUGAAAUAUAGCGAAAAAAAUAAACUGUUGUAAUAAAUAAAUUUCAUGAUUUAACAAUACUUAAAAUUAAUAGAUUUAAAUAAUAAAUAUGGUUGUUAUUUUUGGUACCACCAAAGUAAUAGUUCUAUAGCACAUACUAGAAAUAGUCACAAUGUAAUAAGUAAACAUAUAGAUAAUUUAAUUAAUUUGAAUUCAAAAAUAACAACGUUAAAUUUUGGAUAGCUUUUGCUUAAGUUCAAUAUAUUAAAAAUAAUUAAGAUUUUUUAAAAACAGUAAAAAUCGCAAAAAAUAUCAAAAUUUGUGGUACAAGCUAGUUUUUUAUUUUUUGACUUAUACAUAGAUGAAGCCAUAAAUUUUGUAGAAAAAUUUUAAAUAUUUUGCUAUUCACUACUUUUAUUAAAAAGCAAAAAGAAUAAAAUAAUUCACUUUUUUAAUUUUUCAUUAUUUUCCCAUUACAUUUUAAUUAAAUUCCACAAAUCUGAAAAAAUAAUAAAUUUGUAAAUCUAAUAUGACAGGCAAAGUUCUACAUACUCAUAAGAUUUUUUUUUAAACAUAAUUUAUUUGAUUGAAUGCAAUUAUUAAAAGUAGAUUACAUACAUAAUAUGUACAUUAUAUGAAUACAAUAUGAAUGAUUGUAACUUAUUUAUGCAUGUACAAGAAUUUUAUAAAAUAGUAAAUUUGGUUUACUAAAGUAUUAAUAAAAAUUUUUUAAAGGAAAAUUUAAUUUCAACUCUUAUAACCUCCGAAAAUAAAAUUGUAAAGAUAUUAUGUUACUAAAUAAUACGUUAAAGGGCACUUAUAAGCUUUAUUGUAAAAUAAUACACUUUACUGCAGUUUUAAUGCCAGCAGCACAUAAUUUGUGAUUUGUAAACAAAAACGAAAUUUAAUAUUUAUUAGUUUGAUUGAUCAGAUCGUGAUCUUAUAAAAAUAUUUUCAUCAAAACAUUAUGAAAUUAAUGUCACUAUGUACAGGUAAAUCUUCAAGGAUUUCAAGGAAAUAGUUUAAAAAUAUUGUAAAAAUUUCUAUAAGUUAAUACAAAAUCAUUUUUGUUUUAAUAAAAUGAAAUUUUAUCUAUGUAUAUUUUAAAAUUAUUAAGACAUUUUAAAAAUAUUAACUAAUAAAUUGUUUUAUAAUAUUUUACUAGAAAAUGACUCUGAAAAUAUUUUAUAUAUAAAUAUAAAUGGAUACAAUCGCGUAAACAAUUGUCAAAUAAAAUUAUUUAACAUUUAUUGGAAAUUGAAAUUUAAAAUUUGAAAUAAAUGAUGACAAACUAGAGAUUAUUAAAUAAGUAAAAAUUACAAAAAAAAUUAAAUUUAAAAAAUAAAAUUAUUUUGUUAAUUAUUUAUUUAAAUAUAGAUUUAAAGUAUUUUUUUCGUGUCUGAACCAAAAAAAUAGCAGUUUUUGUUAUUAAAACAUAAAUAACCACAAGUACAUAAUAUUUGGGAAAGGUAUUCAUCACAUUAAAAAAUAAAAAAUUAAAAUUAAAAAUUUAAAUAUUUUAUUUUUUAGUUUAAAAUAUAAAUAUUUUUACUAAAAAAUUUUUCUCAACUCUUAAAAUCGAUUUUAAAUAAAUUUAUUAGAACAGAUUUCAUUAAAUUUUAUAAUAUACAAUUUGCUAUUAUUAGUUUUUAUUAACAUAUUAUUAAAUAUUGUGCAAAUAUUAAUUUUUUUUUUAAAAUAAUUUUUAAAAAUUAAAAAUUAUUUUGUAUAAAAUUUAUAUAAAAUAUAUAAAAUUUUAAUUUAUUAAAUUAUAUUAAAUUUUACUAUA